CCCCAAUGACCGGCAGCUCGCCCUGCGUGCCAAGCUGCAGACAGGCUGGUCUGUGCACACAUACCAGACGGAGAAGCAGAGGAAGAGCCAGUGCCUCAGCCCCACCGAGGUGGACACCAUCCUGCAGGAGGCUGGUGGAGCGGCUGGAGACCAUGAGGCGCAAUGUGCUGGGGAACGGCCUCUCCCAGUGCCUGCUCUGUGGGGAGUUGCUGGGCUUCCUAGGCAGCUCAUCUGUGUUCUGCAAAGACUGCAGGAAGAAAGUCUGCACCAAAUGUGGGAUCGAGGCUUCCCCUGGCCAGAAGCGGCCCCUGUGGCUGUGUAAGAUCUGCAGUGAGCAGAGAGAGGUCUGGAAGAGGUCGGGGGCCUGGUUCUACAAAGGGCUCCCUAAGUACAUCCUGCCUCUGAAGACCCCAGGCCAGGCUGAUGACCCUCACUUGCGGCCCCAGCCCCUGGAGCCAACCCAGCAGGAACCUAGAAGCACUGAGACCAGUCGUGUCUACACCUGGGCUCGAGGGAGAGGUAAGGCCCAGCCCCUUCUCUCCUGGGGCAGCACUGCAUGUUCUCCCGGUGGUCAGCAGAGCAUGGCCUCACCUCCAGAAGACUUAGACAGGCACUUCCUUCCUUCCUCCCUGUGCCCUCAGCUGUCUACACUCCUGCACACACAAGGUGCCUGAACCUCAGCUGACAGUGGAAGGGGACUUUGCAUGAACAAGCAGGAAUUUGAGGUUGAGGAUGCCAUCAACAUACUAUGGUCCUUUGUAGAAACAUGUUGUCCAUUGAGGUCUUUUUUUUUUUCCCCAAAGUGUGAAUCGAUGCCUUUCCCAGAAGGGCCUGUGCCUGCUCUUCUGGGCGAAUGUCUUGCAUCUCAGCAAGGGAGCACUCUCAGGUCCCAGGUUCUAGUGAACAAGGUGGCUCUGUGACCAGGACCCCUAGGUAUUUGUGGUAGCUCACUGAGGUGCAUGCAUCCCAGGGGACCCCAUCAGAAGGAGCGUUUUACUCCACUUAGUAGUAACAGUGGGACUUGGUGUGGUGGGUGGUUCCCCCCAGUUUGUAUGAUGCUGUGAUGUUUGCUAUUUCAGUCUCACAAAAGGCGAUGCAGGGCUGGUGCAACAGCUCAGUUGGAUAGUGCACUGCUUUGUCAUGCACACAACACAGGUUCAAGCCCAAUACCCACCACAUUGAAUAAAG